AUGGCAUUCAAUUCGGAAGGGAAACAGCGGCUUACUUGGGUGAUCCUGCUCGAGACUGAGGAGACCACGGCGUCCAAAUGCGCGGCCAUGCUUGCGGCGUGCUCCUUCAGGGUGGUUAUGGCGGCUUCUCCAUCGCGGUCCAUGCUGGCAUUCAAGUCCCAGCGGUGUGGCACCUGCCUGCCUGCACGGACUUUGGGCGUUGGCAGUGGGACGGAAGUCGCCGCCUCCAGAAACGCGUCUCUAGCAUUCAUCCCUGGUCGGUUGCGUCGCCUUGCCAGCUUCAUCAUUGACUGUUCAUGCUGCCUGCUCGACAGGCCAUUCGCUCCCUCUUCAGGGACUUCACCCUUCUCUACGGCAGCCUCGUUGUUCCGGAUCAAUGCUACGAAGCAACGACCACGAAAUCCACCCACGACCUCGGAAUGGAUCACGGCGAGAAUAGGGAUCAGACACCUCACCAAAGGCCGCAAACCUACGAAUUACCUCCUGAGUGGCACGGAGCCAUCACCUCAUACCGUGAUCCUUGAACGAAGUCUCGUACCACACAAAAACGAACUCCUGCUACGAUGCACGGAAUUCGACGCCAAAGGAAACGUCAAAGUCGCCUCGGGUGAGUUCCGGAAGUCAGAGUUAUGUACGAAACACGGCUUGCUACCACGAGAUUUGAGAAAGGUCGAUACGGGGCAUACCAUCGUGCCCUUAAUCCUCGUCCGCAAGAAUUCAAUUUUGAUCAACCUUCUACAUAUUCGGGCGUUAAUUAAGGCUGACACAGUGUUGUUGUUCGAUGUUAUUGGCAGUACAGAUUCGCAUACGCAAAGUGUGUUUAUGUACGAUUUGGAGGGAAAGCUGCGACAGGGGAGUAAAGCUAUGGGUGGAUUACCGUAUGAAUUGCGGGCUUUUGAAGCGAUUCUGAUUAGUGUCACAAGUGCACUGGAGUCAGAGAUGCAGGUCUUGCGGAAGAUGGUGAAUAACCUGCUUGUGGAAUUGGAAGAAGGCAUUGAUCGGGACAAGUUGAGGCAGCUCUUGGUCUACUCCAAGAAGCUAUCGACGUUCGAACAGAAAGCCACGUUGGUACGAGAUGCUCUGGACGAAAUGUUGGAGCAGGAUGAAGAUUUGGCAGGGAUGUACUUGUCGGAGAAGCUCCAGAAGGGAUCGGAUCGUCCAGCAGAUCAGCAUGACGAAGUCGAAAUGCUCCUGGAGUCCUACCUGAAGCAAACGGAUGAAAUCGUACAAACUGUGGAGAACUUGUCAUCCAACAUCCGAAACACGGAAGAAAUUGUCAACAUCAUCCUCGAUGCGAAUCGCAACUCGCUGAUGUUAUUGGAAUUGAAGGUGUCCAUGCUCACGCUCGGAAUUGGUUCUGGUGCCCUUAUCGCAGGUCUCCUCGGAAUGAACUUGAAGAACUUUAUGGAAGACUCGAAUGCUGCUUUCGCUACGGUCUCCAUGCUUGCAGUCAGCUUGAGUCUGCUGAUAUCUGCGACUGGAUUAUACCGAUUGAGAAAAACACAAAGGCUGACGAUGUGGGCCGAAGACAAUGCAUUAGGAAAGAAAGGCGGGUUUUCGCCGCCAACCAAGAGACUUUAA